CGAUUCGAUAAGUUAAUAUUACGGCAUCCUUUUGCGGCGCGCCUUUUUAUAGUAUACCGUUCUCAUUGCGCUCUUGCGCUCGGUGUCAUUGGUCCUGUAGCAACAGGUAUCCAAAUUGCUUGCAGUAGGCCGAUCCUAUCUAUAGGCCAAGGUGCCAAAGGCGUAUAUACAUAUCCUAUCCACGACAAGGCAAUGGGUUCUCCACGUGUUGCGGUCCCCAAACCGGGACCGGCAAAGCUGACGCCUGGUGCGGGCUUGGACGAAUGGCUCGAGCAAGCUAAACAAUGUCGUUAUCUACCAGAGCCAGUCAUGAAAGAGCUUUGCGAAAUGGUUAAGGAAGUCUUGAUGGAAGAAUCAAACAUUCAACCCGUAAUCACCCCAGUUACCAUCUGUGGUGACAUCCAUGGACAAUUCUACGAUUUGCUCGAGCUUUUUCGCGUCAGUGGCGGUAUGCCAGGCCAACCUGCGACAGAACCCCCUGCAUCCUCUACUUCUGUCAUCACAUCAGCCGAUAUCGAGCCUCCGACAGAGAUCACAAAUCCGAAGCUGAAGAAAAAGAUAAAGAAGCCAAAAGCCACGACUGGAGACGUUCCGGGACUGCCUAGUGACGAAUCUACCAACGUGGAAGAGGAGGAAGAAGAGGGCAACGAUUCUGGCCAGCGCAAUUCCUCAGACGCUGCCUCACCAGUUGUAAAUGCCGAUACCCGUUUUGUGUUCUUGGGCGAUUUUGUGGACCGAGGAUACUUUAGUCUCGAGACUUUUACACUACUUAUGUGUCUGAAAGCCAAAUAUCCGGAUCGAAUCGUCCUCGUCCGCGGGAACCAUGAGUCUCGUCAGAUCACUCAGGUAUAUGGGUUUUACGAAGAGUGCCAACAAAAAUACGGAAACGCGUCUGUUUGGAAGUCUUGCUGUCAAGUCUUUGAUUUCCUGGUUCUAGCAGCCAUUGUGGAUGGUGAAAUACUUUGUGUUCAUGGAGGGUUGAGUCCCGAAAUCCGCACCAUUGACCAGAUUCGCGUGGUGGCCCGAGCACAGGAGAUCCCGCACGAGGGCGCGUUCUGUGAUCUUGUCUGGAGCGAUCCUGAAGAAGUCGAGACUUGGGCUAUCAGCCCGCGAGGCGCAGGAUGGCUUUUUGGUGACAAGGUAGCAACGGAAUUCAACCAUGUCAAUGGAUUGAAACUGAUUGCCCGCGCCCACCAGCUUGUUAACGAAGGUUACAAGUAUCACUUCCCACAAAACUCGGUUGUUACAGUCUGGUCAGCACCAAACUACUGCUAUCGUUGUGGAAAUGUGGCUUCUAUCAUGUCAGUUGAUAAGAACCUGGAUCCCAAGUUUAGCAUAUUCUCGGCUGUGCCUGAUGAUAUGAGGCAUAUUCCUGCGGGACGACGCGGGCCAUCUGAUUACUUCUUAUGAUGAUGCACUAUACAUGAGUUAUAAAACCCUUCGCACAAUUUUGAAGUUCUUGAUACCACCACAAAGGCGUUACGGGGAGAGGGGUUUUCACGUCGUUUCAUACAGCAUGGAGGACUGAUGAACAGGGACCAAAGGGUAUAGACAACACGGCCCGGGCAUGUAUGAUGGUAAGGAUGGAUAAGGGGUCGACCAUGGAAAUGUAGCACCGUAUUUCACGGUAGCGUUAUGAUCUGUAUAGUAGUAUAGGACUUUGGAAUCACUGUCCGUUACGUCGCGGGCUAAGAGAGUUAAAGGUGACGUAUGCACCCCGAGUUAACACGAUAUGAAUUUUGCUUUAUGGGAGUUGUUUGUCUAUGCUGAAUUCUGCUUCUGAAUUUUGCUUCUGAAUUCUGCUAUAAUUAUGUUGGCUUCUAAGAUACCGAGUUGGCUUGAACAGUUACAGGUAUCUGAGCUCUUGAAUUUGUAAGGAUAUCUUGACCAGGUACCUACCUCUUACAUAGGAGGUAUAGUAGAUAAAGACCUAACCUGGAU